AUGGCUGAGAUUCGAACCUCUCCUGGGGGGGUCUCCCCGGUGAGUGUGAGUCCGGCCUCUUCGACAGGUCAGAUUCCCCUGAACAGACCUCCCAAACUCAAAGGGCGGCACAAGUUGCUGCAAAGCCUCCAGCGUAUUUCGUCUUCCCCGAGCUUGACUCGACGUGGUCGUUCGGCCUCCACGGGCUACCGCCGAGAUGGAAAAGCUUCUCUAUCCUGUGUCUCUCUCUCGCAAUCGUCAUACACCCCUUGCCUUGGCAAUGGGAGCUCCUCUCAACUCUAUGGGGGACUAAAUGUCCGCCCGAUGACUUCCGGUCAAAACGCCAGUCCCGACGAGACUCCCGAUGGAAAUGCCCGAAUCCGUCUCUUUGGAUCUGACUCUCCGAACGGGACUCAGUACAAGACCGUCCCGUUGCCGACGGAUAUGAGACCGGGUUCCCGUGGGUCUCCCUUAAGCAGCGAUGCCUUGGAGAUUUCUGCGUCGCCAGCCAAGCCAAAGAAGCCAUUUGACUUCUGGGGCAGCAUGCCCGAGGAACUCCGGAUGCACAUCUUCCAGUACCUGACUCCGAAAGAAAUCGUUCGCUGCUCUGCCGUCUCGAAAACCUGGAACAAAAUGUGCUACGACGGACAGCUUUGGUCGAAGGUGGAUACGACCGACUACUAUCGCGAUAUCCCUAGCGAGGGUCUUGUGAAGCUGAUCGCUGCCGGUGGUCCCUUCGUGCGGGACCUCAAUCUCCGAGGCUGUAUCCAGCUGAAAGACAAGUGGCAGGCCGAGGGCGAGCGUAUCACCGAUCUGUGUCGCAACGUUGUCAAUUUCUCGCUCGAGGGUUGUCGCAUCGACAAGACCUCUAUCCAUUACUUUCUUCUACGAAACCCGCGCUUGGAAUACAUUAACCUCUCUGGCUUGGCCGGCGUGACAAAUUCGGCCAUGAAGAUCAUCGCCCAGUCGUGCCCGCAACUAGAGAUACUGAACGUGUCUUGGUGUACCAGCGUGGACACUACCGGCCUGAAGAGGAUCGUGAAGGCCUGUCCUAAAUUGAAGGAUCUGCGGGCAAGCGAGAUCCGUGGCUUUGAUGACACGAGCUUUGCGCUGGAACUGUUCGAGCGAAACACCCUGGAACGUUUUAUCAUGAGCCGCUCGGACUUGACAGACGACUUUUUGAAGACCCUUGUCCACGGCCUUGAUCCUGAAAUGGACCUGCUCCUCGAAAGACCCGUUGUACCUCCUCGUCGCUUCAAGCACCUCGAUAUCCACCAGUGCCCGGAUUUGACGGAUGACGGAGUCAAGGCUCUUGCCUUCAACAUUCCCGACAUCGAGGGUCUCCAGUUGUCGCAAUGCCCCGAGCUCAGCGACGAUUCUAUCAUGACUGUCGUCCAAACCACCCCUCGUCUGACCCACCUCGAACUCGAAGAUCUUGAAAGGAUUACGAAUAAUUCACUCAUUGAAGUCGCCAAGUCGCCUUGCGCCUCGCGCCUCGAGCACCUGAACAUCAGCUAUUGCGAGAGCCUGGGGGAUAUCGGCAUGCUUCAAAUCGUCAAGAGUUGCCCUUCUCUCCGCACGGUGGAAAUGGACAACACCCGAGUCUCCGAUCUUACGUUGAUGGAAGCCAGCUAUCGAGUUCGCAAGCGCGGCUACAACGAGAACCUCCCUCAAAUCGGCCUGCGCUUGGUCGUCUUCGACUGCGCCAACGUGACGUGGGCCGGCGUCAAGGAGGUUCUAUCGAGCAACGCCUACGUCCCUCGCUCCCGCAAGUCUCUCUCAUCCAUCUCAGUAGUAGCACAGGCUAUCCUCCCCAGCCAAAACGGAAGCUCCACGACGAUGGUCGCGUCCUCCAUUACCCCGCCACCGCCGCCCACGGUCUACCCCAACGAAAUCAUCCACCUCAAGUGCUUCUACGGCUGGCAGAUGACCGUGGACGAGCACAACAAACGCGUCCUGCGCGGCGACCUCUCCGCCGCAAGCCGACUCGAUCGCAAAUGGUCCGACUACAUGAUCGCCACCGAAGAAGCCGGCGUGGCCGGCGCGGGUGCCCGACGACGACGGCGUCGCGCGCGCGAGGCCGAGAGAAUCUACAACGCCGACGACGAGGAAGGGGCAUUCGGUCCUCUGGGUGGUCGUCGCAGGCGAGCGCAAAGCGGGGGCUCCUGUACGAUCAUGUAA